CGGCAGGUUGCGUUGUACAGCGAGAGACCGACAGGAAGCUCAAACGUUAACUUCCUUUUUGCCUUCUCCAAGAUGGCCGGUGUGCGGCUGAUACAGGAGGGAAGAGUGAGCGUAGUUAGUUUUAUGCUUGGAGCCUCGGUGAUAUCUCUGCCGCUUCUCAUUAAUAGGUUCUCGGAGCCGGAACAGACUCUGCUGGGAGCCGCCCCGGGUCGGAUAGCGCUUGUUACCUUUAUAGCGGCGCUGAAUGGGCUGCUGCUUCUCCUGUAUAGGGCUCAGCUCUACCAGGUAGCCAUCAGGGCCAGCUUUUUAGGUUUUGCUUUCGGGUGUGGUUUGCUGCUGAGCAUCACACAGUCACCAUGGAAGCCCUUUGGAUGGUAUGUCUGUUCCCUGUCAUUUUUUCAUUACUCCGAGUAUUUGGUAACCGCAAUGAACAAUCCAAAAAGCUUGUCUAUUGAUUCAUUCCUCCUGAAUCACAGCUUAGAAUAUACCCUGGCUGCAGUGUCAUCUUGGGUGGAAUUUACUAUUGAGACAACAAUUUACCCAGGUCUGAAGCAGAUAACAUGGCUGAGUGUUAUUGGGCUGAUCAUGGUUCUCUUUGGGGAGCUGCUCAGGAAAUGUGCAAUGCUCACAGCUGGCUCCAAUUUCAACCACAUUGUACAGAACGAGAAAUCUGACUCCCACAGAUUAGUCACAUCUGGGGUUUAUUCCUGGUUCAGACAUCCGUCAUAUGUCGGCUGGUUUUACUGGAGCAUCGGAACUCAGGUUCUGCUUUGUAACCCUCUGUGUUUAAUUGGUUACACGCUUGCGUCCUGGAGGUUUUUCCGUGAGCGGAUCGAGGAGGAGGAGUUUGCGCUUAUCCACUUUUUUGGAGAAAACUAUUUGGAAUAUAAAAAGAUAGUUCCCACAGGUCUGCCCUUUAUAAAGGGAGUCAAAGUGGAGCCCUAGCUGAAUGGCACAGAACAUAAUGGGAAUGCGGAACACAUAUGUAGUCCGGCUUGACUAAGCACACGGCAUCAGUACUUUAUUCUGUGAGGUGGUAGCAGUAGAAGCCAUUGUGCAAUCCUCUUGUUAUGGUGCAACUGCUAGAAAGGUGCAGGAAAAAAUGGAUUGUGCAUCUGCACACCAGUCCUUAUUGGCUUGGAAACUUUACAGUCCUAAAAUGAGGGUAGAAUAUUAUGUAGACACUGAAUUCGGGGUUAUCCUUUUUCUAUAGAAUUUUUUAUAUUUAUCACUUAA